UAAAGUUUCACUGGAAAUAAAGCACACUAUCCCGCACGCACAGUCGCUUCUUCCUCAGCCGCAUUUUCGAAAAUGUCUGCAAUUCAUCAGAUUCUCUCCACCUCCAUCUCCUCCUCCGCCUCCGCUUUCAUCGGCGGCCACACCAAUCUCAAGAGCGCCACCAAGUCAUCCAAUUUCGCGGUAGCGGGGAAAAUCAGCGGGGUUGUGAAAUGUGUCGCCUCAGCUGCUGAGAAAACUGCUUACACGACAAAGGUGUCGCGAAAUGAAAACAUGGCUAAACUUCAAGCUGGAUACCUCUUUCCGGAGAUUGCGAGAAGGAGAGCUGCACAUAUGUUGAAAUAUCCCGAUGCCAAAGUGAUCAGCCUCGGAAUUGGUGACACAACUGAGCCAAUUCCAGAUGUUAUUACUUCUGCCAUGUCAAAGAGAUCAUUUGCGCUGUCAACAUUUGACGGUUACAGUGGUUAUGGAGCUGAACAAGGUGAAAAACAAUUGAGGGCUGCCAUUGCUUCAACCUAUUAUGGCGACCUUGGCAUACAGGAAGAUGAUAUAUUUGUGUCUGAUGGUGCAAAAAGUGAUAUAUCUCGCCUCCAGGUUCUUUUUGGAUCUAAUGUGACGAUGGCUGUUCAAGAUCCAUCUUACCCGGCUUAUGUGGAUUCAAGCGUUAUCCUGGGUCAAACAGGGCAGUUUCAGAAAGAUGUAGAGAAGUUUGAGAAUAUCGAAUACAUGAGAUGUACACCAGAAAAUGGUUUCUUUCCCGAUCUAUCCACAGUUCGUCGGACAGAUAUCAUAUUUUUCUGUUCUCCGAAUAAUCCAACUGGUUAUUCUGCAUCAAGAGAGCAACUAACCAAACUUGUACAGUUUGCUAAAGAAAAUGGCUCAAUCAUAGUCUACGACUCUGCUUAUGCUAUGUAUGUAUCGGAUGAUAGUCCGAAAUCCAUUUUCGAGAUUCCCGGUGCCAAAGAGGUUGCACUUGAAGUAUCUUCCUUUUCCAAGUACGCUGGGUUCACCGGAGUUCGUCUCGGCUGGACUGCAAUUCCCAAAGAGCUUCUUUACUCCGAUGGAUUUCCAGUGGCUAAAGACUUCAACCGCAUUGUUUGUACUUGUUUCAACGGUGCAUCCAACGUUGCUCAAGCUGGUGGUCUUGCUUGUGUUUCAGCCGAAGGCAUUAAGGCCAUGCAUGAGGUAGUAGGUUUUUAUAAAGAAAACACGAGCAUUAUUGUGGACACAUUCAACUCGCUUGGUUUUAAGGUAUACGGAGGCAAAAACGCACCGUACGUAUGGGUUCACUUUCCUGGGCAAAGUUCUUGGGAAGUGUUUGGCGAGAUUCUUGAAAAGACUCACGUUGUGACCACUCCUGGGAGUGGUUUCGGACCUGCCGGUGAAGGGUUUAUCAGGGUCAGUGCUUUCGGACACAGGGAGAACGUUCUGGAAGCUUGUAGAAGAUUCAAGCAGUUGUACAAGUAAAACACUCACCUGCCACUGCAUUUCAUAGCAGCAUACUAUUGAUGAGAGUUUUCUAGUAUUCAAGCCUUCAAUUGAUAAUCGGACUGUGUUUCAACAGUCUUGUAAUGUUUUGUUUAUAUCCAGAUUCUUGAUUUUGUCACUGUUUUAUUCGAGUUUUCAAGAUCUUCCAAUGCA